CAACCCUUCCGGACACAGGCGAGUAUGUUGGUUUCCCACACGUCAACGAGCGAACACCCAACCAACUUCCACUGCUCUACCCGGCUGCCCAGCGCACUGGUCUGUUACUGGAGCCGGUCCCAGCAGCACCCAUCGAGGUGAACAGCUCUGUGUCUCUGUCUGAGGGCGUGGCAGGGCAAAUGACCACAAUAACCAAGUGAUGGGCUGUGCGUACUGUAAACAACGGAAGGCAGCAAAAGCAGUGGAAGCCGGCGGCGGUUCGUCGGCGUGUGACGGCAACGGGUCGGGAGGUUUGGUGAAGCCCCCGCGCUAUGGGCCCGACCCCACUGGAGGCGGCGGAGGGGGAGGACCGGGAGGGGGCCACGGGGGAGCAGAGCUCAUCCCCAACUUCAACAACUUCCCCAUGGGCACCUCGCAGCCCUUCCCCGGCACAGCUUUCAGCAGCAGCAUGCCCCAGCCGGCCAUCACAGGAGGGGGUGUGACUCUCUUCAUAGCGCUCUAUGACUACGACGCUCGCACAGAGGACGACCUGUCCUUCACCAAAGGAGAGAAAUUUCACAUCAUUAACAACACGGAAGGAGACUGGUGGGAGGCGCGCUCUCUGGAUACGGGGAAGUCAGGAUACAUUCCAAGCAACUAUGUGGCCCCGGUGGACUCAAUACAGGCGGAAGAGUGGUAUUUCGGCAAGAUGGGCCGCAAAGAUGCGGAGAGACAGCUGCUCGCUUCAAACAACCCACGAGGAACCUUCCUCAUCAGAGAGAGCGAGACCACAAAAGGAGCGUACUCUCUGUCCAUCCGUGACUGGGACGACAACAAGGGGGAUCACGUGAAGCAUUACAAGAUCAGGAAACUGGACAACGGCGGCUAUUACAUCACCACGCGCACACAGUUCGACACUGUGCAGCAACUCGUAGAGCAUUAUACAGAGCGCGCGGCAGGGCUCUGCUGCCGCCUGAUGGGCAGCUGUAGGCGGGGCAUGCCCAAGCUGGCCGACCUAUCGGUGAAGACCAAGGACGUGUGGGAGAUCCCGCGCGAGUCCCUACAGCUCAUGAAGAAGCUGGGCAACGGGCAGUUUGGAGAAGUGUGGAUGGGCAUGUGGAACGGCACCACUAAGGUGGCGGUGAAGACCCUGAAGCCAGGCACCAUGUCCCCAGAGGCCUUCCUGGACGAGGCCCAGAUCAUGAAGAGGCUGCGGCACGACAAACUGGUGCAGCUCUACGCUGUGGUGUCAGAGGAACCCAUCUACAUCAUCACAGAGUUCAUGAGCCAAGGGAGUUUGCUUGAUUUCCUGAAGGAUGGCGACGGCCGAUCACUGAAACUUCCUCAGCUGGUGGACAUGGCAGCACAGAUUGCAGCAGGCAUGGCGUACAUCGAGCGGAUGAACUACAUCCACAGAGACCUGCGGGCCGCCAACAUCCUGGUGGGCGACAGCCUGGUGUGCAAGAUCGCAGACUUUGGCCUGGCCAGACUCAUAGAGGACAACGAGUACACAGCCAGACAGGGAGCUAAGUUCCCCAUCAAGUGGACUGCCCCUGAGGCCGCUCUCUAUGGGAAAUUCACCAUCAAGUCGGAUGUCUGGUCAUUUGGCAUACUGCUCACCGAGCUCAUCACCAAGGGACGCGUGCCAUACCCAGGCAUGAACAACCGUGAGGUGCUGGAGCAGGUGGAGCGCGGCUACCGGAUGCCGACCCCGCCUCACUGCCCAGCCUCGCUGCACGAGCUGAUGCUGCAGUGCUGGAAGAAGGAGGCAGACGAGAGGCACACCUUCGAGUACCUGCAGGGCUUCCUGGAGGACUACUUCACCGCCACCGAGCCCCAGUACCAGCCGGGAGAGGACCUGUGAUCACACACACACACACACACCUAUGUCACACACUCACCUAUUUCACACACACACACACACACACACACACACACACACACACACACACACACACACACACACACACACACACACACACACACACACACACACACACACACACACACAGAUGCACACACACACACACACACACACAGAUGCACACAGCAUACAGACAGACAUACAUACUAUUCUACUGGACUGUAUCCUCAUUAUGAAUGCCAACCUUAUCAUCAACGUGACCUAUAUGAAUAUGCAGCAGCAGUUAAAUUAUAAUAUGUAGUAUGUAUGUCGCCACAGUCCGGGUGAAUCCCUACUGCUCCUGCGAUCGCUUCACGGUCGCUCGCACACAUCUAACUUAACUCACAUCUCUUCUGUACAACUUUUUCAACUUCACUCAAAUUCCGCAACUUUACACUGUACCGUCAGGGUGUGACUUGUAGUGGGGGGAUCUAGAUUAUUCUAAUAGUGUUUUAAUGUAACUCCACUCCCCCCCGCUGUUUUUUGAUAAAUCACACCCUGCCUGAAAUACUUGCUCUGCACUUGUGCCGCAUGGGGUCCAUCUCAUUGUCUAACCUCUCGCCCUUGUCUUCUGCCUGAGAUACGAGGCAUGACGUUAUUGAUGACAGAAGUUUAUUUAAUAUCUCCCAAAAAAGCACAAUUGAAAAGUCAUAUUCCAAUUUGCUCAUGUUGAAUGGGAAAAUGUAUGUCAAAAAGCUGUUGUGCCUAAGCUGACAGUGAGGAAACUUAAUUGUUUUCUACAUGAAAGUGGAGCGUUAGCGAAGCACACGGCCACAAGUACAGAGGCAAGAACGGGAGGUUAGACAAUGAUAUGGAGCCCUCUCAGUCGUUUGUGUACAGGUGAUAGUCUUACUCAGCCUGAACUGUAGAUGGCACUGUAGUCUUUAAUCACUGGUUUCAUACCAAGAUGUUGUAUGAUGUCAUUCUUCUAUAAAUGCAGGUAUAUUUUUCUCUAUAAUGGACUUCUGCUUGGAACAUUAACAUUUGAAGUUGUUUUCUACUUCAGUUGUUUGACAAUGUAUUGGAUUUGUUUUGUCUAUACUUUUCUAUAGUCUUAAUAACAUAAAGACAGGUCUUUUUUUCUAUAUGCCUGUGUUGUGCCGUAGGCUUAUGUGUGACGUUGUAUGAAGCCUGAGAAAGUGUGUGAAUGUUUAUCUUAGUAGCCAGUGCUAAUACAUAGAUAUCCUGGGAUUGAGCAUUCAAUGCAGGACUUAUACGGGCAUUCUUAUACUGUAUGUAGACUCUGAAUUACCACGUCUGACCAAAAAGAAUUUUAUACUUUUAUGUUAAACAACUUUAAAUAAAUGGCCUCUGACUUUG